AUGGUACUGAAGAUUAUACUCAUUGCAUUGCUGUAUUAUCCGCUUUCAAUUGGGCUUACAUUUUAUCAAAAGUGGUUUAUAAAGAAUUAUAAAUUACCUCUCUUCGUGGUCUGUUGGCAUUACAUUGUAAAGUAUUUUGCCGCUAUAUGGAUACGAUUUCUUUAUGAGGCUUUUCACAAAAAGCGGAUACGACUUCAUUUUAAAGAACAGCUAAGGUGGCUUGCACCUAUUGGUAUUUGUGCAUCGCUCGAUAUCGGGUUAUCCAAUUGGGCUCUUGAAUAUGUUACCGUCAGCUUGUACACGAUGGCAAAAAGCAGUUCUAUAUUGUUUAUUGUGGCGUUUUCGCUAUUGCUGCGACUUGAAAGGUGGCGACCGGCACUUGGUAUAGAAGCAGCGUUGAUUGCUAUCGGUCUCUUUCUGUUCACGUGGCAUUCGUCUCAGUUAGACCUUACUGGGCUGCUACUUGUUGAGCUUGCCGCGUCAUGUACUGGAGUCCGGUGGACUGUAUCGCAGCUAGUUAUGCAAAGAGAAGAGCAAGCUUUAAAUCAUCCUUUGGAUAUGGUAGCACAUGUACAACCUUGGAUGCUUAUUCCUAUUGUCCCCCUUAUAAUCACGUUUGAAGGGUCGGAGCUUUCCUAUGAGAAUAUACUGUAUUUUAACGGGCAAUACGCUCCUGUACAAAUCGCUUUGUUGGUUGCUUGUGGGGGUCUGCUUGCGUUCUGUAUGGAAAUGUCAGAAUAUCUACUUCUUGUCAACACAUCUGGAAUUACGUUGAACAUUUUCGGUAUACUUAAGGAAGUAGCCACUCUUCUUUUGGCUCACCUUUUAAACAACGACCGUCUUUCAUCAGUGAAUAUCGCUGGAUUAAUUCUCUGUCUUCUUGGCAUGGCUCUACAUGGAAUGUCACGUAAGCGGCAACGGUACUUAAAUUAA